AUGGAGUAUGGAGAAGAGUGCAGGAGUAAAACAUACCCUCCUUCAGGACCAACGUUCAAAGGGAACAUACCUACAUAUGUCAUAAAUCUUGAUUUACCUCCCAGCAAAAGAUGGGAUGACUUGAUGCACGACAAAAAGACAGAGCUGAAGACGGUGGUCCAGAAUAUUAAAGAUAUAGCAAAUACCUUCUUCCCCAGUGGCAAAGUUGUUGACAUAGUGGAUAACAAAAUAGCUCGUCUGACUGCUACACUUCCUUAUCCUUUCAAUGAAGAACUCCAAGGGAUUGCAAAUUCAUCUGGGAUUCCUUUGGGGGAGAUUGUUAUUUUUAACAUCUUUUAUGAAAUUUUUACUGUAUGUACAUCAAUAGUGGCGGAAGAUAAAACAGGGAAGCUGUACCAUGCCAGAAACUUGGAUUUUGGACUCUUUCUUGGGUGGGAUGUUAAAAAUAAUUCCUGGACUUUAACUCGGGAACUGAAGCCUAUAGUGGUAAACUUGGACUUCCAGAGAAACAACAAAACAGUAUUCAGGUCUACAAAUUUUGCAGGAUACAUAGGCAUGGUGUCUGGAGUCAAACCGGACUUGUUCACUCUGACAAUGAAUGAGCGUUUCAGUCUUGAUGGUGGUUAUGUUGGAAUCUUCGAAUGGUUUCUUGGUAGAAGAGAUGGUAUGUGGAUGGGCUUUCUUACAAGAACAGUAUUAGAGAAUGCUACAAGUUACCAGGAUGCAAAAGACAAACUGGCAAAUACAAGACUGCUGGCUCCAGCUUACUUUAUACUGGGUGGAAAAAAUUCUGGAGAAGGGUGUGUGAUAACUCGUUCCAGGACAGCCACUCUGGAUAUCUGGGACCUUGAUAUCAAGAAAGGCACGUGGUACGUGUUAGAAACAAACUACGAUCGCUGGAAGCCUCCGCUAAUCUUGGAUAAUCGUAGAACACCUGCAAUGAAAUGCCUGAACCAGACAACGCAAGAGAACAUCUCCUUACCAGCGAUUUAUGAUGUUCUCUCCACAAAGCCUGUCCUCAAUAAGCUGACUGUGUGCACAACGCUGAUGGAGGUGGAUAAUGGUCAUACAGAGACUUACCUGCGGGAAUGCCCAGAUCCAUGUAGUCCUUGGUAGUCCUGUACCUUUCCUGUGUUGGAAGCUGCUUGUCCAAAUUGGAGGUCCUCCAAGAAAAAGUACUUCUGGAAAAAGAUUUCUCAGCCUAACUCCUUUCUUCAGAAAUCUAAUGGCUAUAUAGAAAUGUCAGGGAGCUUCUAACAGUGGAGGACCCUAUUGCACACUGGACUUUCCUGCUUUCUGAUCAGCAGUUCUGCUGACAAGAAAUGUAUACUAAUGUACGUCUGGUUUGAUUUCAGCCAUUUCUACCAAAUGAGUUCAGCAGUUAGCUCUAGAUCUCUUCAGUCUUCACAGUAUUCUUGUUUUGGUUUGUUGUUGGUUUGUGGGUUUGUUAUUUUUUCUUGUUUGGUUGGGCUUUUUUUAGAUUAAAAUACUUCUGAAGCACACAUGAGUUAAAAUGGCACCUACCAAGCAUGAAAAAGAAUUGGGUAUUAGAAGACUAUCUGGGACAGUACAGUUCUGUUAUUCUUUCCUAAGCACUUAAGAUGAAUUGCUAGUGUUCUGGUCCAAUAUGAGGGUAUGUCUAAGAUGCCCUGUUAUAAAAUAACCUACCAAGGGUCAUAUCUAGUCACAGAAACAAGGUCUUAGGGAAAUAUCAAAAACGAGAUCUGAGCCAAAAAAUGGCUUUCACUGAUUUAUAGAUCUUUUGCUGAAGCUCUUUCCUGGCCUGUUAACAAUUUUUUUUUAAUACAGAUUUUUCUGUUGUCUCAAAAAAAUAAAUGCUAAUACAAUAAAUAUUCUUAUGAACU